AUGGCUCUCUCAGCAGCCGACCUCCAGCGUCGCCACGAGUUGGAAGGAGCUCCCGAUCCUUUCCCUUCCAUCGUUGAAACCGCCCCAAAGCAGCAGCCAAAGCCCAACCAGGCUGCUACUUUGGACACCGAUUCAGAGGUCGCGUUUCCCUCUCUGGCUCCCUCCUCCGCCCCCGCCCCUAGUGCCGCAGCUGCUUCAGCAUGGGGUGCAGGUCCCAGGAUUAAACCAGUUGCAAAGGCUCCCGUCUUUAUCGAUUCAUUCACCUUGUCCGCCAUGGAUUUGUCCAACGCUGGCAAAGAUGGCAAGCCCGCUACCCUCGGUGAAGUCAUGAAGACCGUCAUGACCAAGUACAAGGUUAAGAUUGAGGCAUCUGGCAACCAGCGUACCCGUCAGACCACUUUCCACAUCAAGGCGGAAUCCCAGAAGGAAUUGGACAAGGCCAAACGCAGCCUCCUGGCGUUACUCAGCCCGGUUAUCACACUCGUUAUUAACGCUCCUCUUUCCACCAUUCCUAGCAUCAUCGGUGCAAAGGAUUUACCAGGCGCGACUCUCAAGGCCAUCCGCGACCAGACCAGUGUUCGUGUUGAUAUCCCCAAGAGAGAGACUAUCGCUGGUAACGGACACGCUAAUGGAAACGCUUCUGGCAAGGCCUCCCCCGUUGACGAUGAAGAGGAGGAAGAGCCCACCGUCCCUGUUACUCUAGUCGGCCCUCAACCUUUGGCGUAUGAAGCUCAGGUGAUGCUCAACCAGAUCAUCUUGUCAAAGACUUCCCGCACCUCGUCUCGUGUCAAGGACAUCCCUGCUCAUAUUCUGCCCUUCUUGAUCACCCGUCGCUCCUACUUCCUGGCUGCUGCUCAGGGUGGAGAUGUCAAUCUCUCCUUGAAUGCUCCCGCUCGCGAGAUUACUGCCAGUGGUGACCGUGAAGCCGUCGGACGCGUUGUGGACGCCAUCAAGAGCGCAAUUGAGGCUUUCAAGACGUCACUGACAUCGAUCAAGAUGACUUUGCCCAAGCGUCAGCACAGGUUGUUGGUCGGAAAGGCUGCUGAGGAGGUCAUGGCCAAGAGCAAGUGCUCUGUCAUCGUUCCUCCCACCGAAGAGGCUGGUGAAGAAGUCACUGUUUGGGGCCAGAGUGCAGACCUUCCCGCUGGUCUCGCUGCCGUCAUGGAACAAGCCAACUCGAAGUACAUCCACGAGUUCCCCCUUCCCGGCCCUAUCACCACGUCCAAACAACUUGUCACCUACUUCAACCACAUUAACUACGUCAAGACCCUCAAAGCUGGUCAUGAGAACGUCGAAGUCUUCCUUCCAUCGGUUGAUUCCACCAACUCCACUCUCUCGGUCGAUUUGGUAGGAGACAAGUCUGACACGGACGCCCUCGUCAGGAAACUCUCGGAAUUGAUUGGCAAACUCAUCGGAGCAACCAGGAAUGUGACCGUAGACUGGGUCCUCCACCGGAUUAUUCAAGGCAAAAACGCGAAGAAGAUCAAGGCAUACCACGACACGCACAAUGUCCAUGUCUUCUUCCCCAACGAAGCCGCCGAAUCGUCUUCUGUUCUUUUGGUUUAUGAUCCCUUCUCGGCGAAUGCCUCGCCGAUUCCGGAUGAGAAACAGAAGCAAUUGGACGAUGUCGAGAAGGACUUGCUCAAGUUGGCCAAGGACGCUGCGGAUGUCAAGACCGAGAAGAUUUCGGUCGAAAAGGAAUGGCACGAAGCAGUACUUGGCAGCGGCGGUACUACUUUGAAUGCUAUCAUUGGCGAAGACACGACUCUCUCCAUCAAGCUCGGCGCAGAUGCAGGCGAAUCGACCGAGGACAUCAUCGUCGUCCGUGGAAUCAGCCGUGACGUUGACCGUGUCGUCAAAGAGAUCAACCAGAUUGUGGAGGAUGCUAAGAAUGACCGAAUCUUGAGCAGCUACUCAACCGAAUUUGAAAUCGACAAGGAAUACGUUGGUCGUAUUGUUGGAGCCCAGGGCGCGGGUGUCAACAGACUCCGUGACCAACUUGGAGUCAAGGUCGAUGUAUCCGACGACGUUGAUGAGAAGGAAUCUGGCAAGAAGAAGAAGGCUCAUCAAAAGUCCAAGAUUACGAUCACUGGUCGCAAGGAGAACGUUGAGGAGGCUAAGAAGCGUAUCCUUGCCCAUGUUGAACGUUUGGCCGAUGAAACUUCCGAAAUCCUGAAGAUUCCCGCCCAGUAUCACUCGUCUCUUAUCGGGCAACACGGCAAAUACGCCAUCAGGCUCGAGGAGAAAUAUGCUGUCAAGAUUACUUUCCCUCGCCAGUCUUCUGACUCCGGUGAAGGCAGGACCCGUGAACAGCUCAAGGCUGACGAAGUCCUUGUCAAGGGUGGCAAGCGCGGUGUCGCCCAGGCCAAGUCGGAGUUGAUGGAAGCUUUGGAGUACGAGAAGGAGAACAACAAUGUUAUCAAGUUCACCGUCCCCACUCGCUCCGUUGCUCGUAUCCUCGGCAGGGGUGGUGCUAGCAUCAACGAAAUCAAGGACGACACUGGUGCCAUGAUUGACGUUGAGAAGGGCUCCGAGGACAAUGGUGCCAGCACUGGCAUAACCCUUCGCGGUACCAAGAAGGCCAUUGCGGAUGCAAAGGCUGCUAUCCUUGCUAUCGCAAAUCAGGUUGCGGAGGAGACUACCGCAGUUGUCGAAGUCGAGAGCAAGUACCACCGUUCCAUCAUUGGUACUGGAGGCCAGGGUUUGAGGGAUCUCAUUGCUCGUUGCAAUGGUCCUUCGGAUGCUAAACUCCAGGCUGGCUUGAUUCGAUUCCCUCGUCAAGGUGAAACUGGUGAUGAGGUUCGUCUCCGUGGCGAGCCCAAGCUGGUCGCCAAGCUCAAGGCCGAGUUGGAGAAGAUCGUCGCUGAGCUCCGCGAUCGUAUCAUCCUCGGUGUCGACGUCCCCGCUGCUCAGCACAGGGCCCUCAUCGGUCGUGGAGGUCAGAACUUGGAGGCUCUCCAGAAGAAGUUCGACGUUCAGAUCCAGAUCCCCGGAUCGAGGUCGUACAACCAGAUCGGCGAACCCGAAAACUUGGGUGACCUUGAGGGUGUUGACCCUGCCAAUCUCGUCAAGGUCACUGGCUCCCGUGCCAAUGUCGAGGCUGCUGUUGAGAACCUGAAGGCCAACAUCAAGCCCCCUCCUCCCGAGGCCGUCACCAAGGAUGUCUCCGUUCCCCUCAAGUACCACCACGCUAUUGCCCAGCAGGGCAACUUCUUCCGUACCUUGAGGUCUCACGGCGUCACCGUUGACCACUCGGCUGUGCCCGCCAAGCCUGCUCUCCCUUCGCCUCCCUCUGACCCCGCCAGCACUGCCCGCAUCGACGACGACGCAGAUGAGGCCGACGCUCCUCCCUACCAAUGGAAGGUUGUCGACAACUACGCUGACGCUGACGAAGGCGAUGCCACCUGGACCUUGAAGGGUCGUGACGAUGCUUCCAUUGCCAAAGCCGAGAAGCUCCUCUCGCAAGCCAUCGAAAACGCCGCCAAGAAGACGCACGUCGGCUUCCUUACCCUCGCCGACCGCUCCUCUUUCCCCCGCAUCGUCGGAACCAAGGGUGCCAACGUCGCUCGUCUCCGUGACGAGAGUGGUGCUGAUAUUACUGUCGGACGCGAGAACAACACCAUCGUCAUCGUUGGAUCCGAAACCGAGAUCAAUGACGCCAAAACAGCGAUCCUGAAGUUGGCGUCCAAUUCCGGCCGUGGUCGACGCAAUGACUAA